AUGGAUAUUGAGAUCGUUGCUUCUGCUGGAAGCAAAAGGUUAAGCGAACCUUUCUUCUUGAAAAAGGUAUUACUCGAGAAAUCUGGAGAUGCAAGUGACUUAACUACCAUUGCUACUUCAGUUCACGCCGUAAUGUUAGAAUCUGGAUUCAUGUUGUUAAAAAAUCGUGGCUGCUUUGAUAAGUUUACCUUUUCUAAAGAGCUGUUUACUGUUUCUCUAAUGUAUACUCUCCCUGAGCUAAUCACCAAGACGACGGUUGAGUAUGUGACUAUUAGGUUUCAGAGCUUGAGCAAUACGGUUGUGGUCUACGGAUCGCUAGGAGGUGGGCGUAUGGUGCAGAGGGUUAGUCUUAAUAAGUAUAGGUUUGUGUCUGUUAUUGAUUUGGUUGUGGAUACUUUGAAGUUUGAGAAACAAGCCUUUUGCAGCAGCUACCGCAACGUGUUCAUGUUGUGGAAGAUUGUGAAAGAUGGGAUUUCUAUCCCUUUGUCGAUGGCUCUUUGUGAGAAGUAUGGUUUGGUAGGUCCAGCUUGCUUGAUGCGUCUACCGACAGAGCUGAAGCUGAAGAUACUUGAGGUUGUUCCUGGCGACGGUGUUGCUAAAAUGGCUUGCGUUUGUAGGGAGAUGCGGUCUCUGGCUUCAGACAAUGACUUGUGGAAACAGAAGUGCUUGGAAGAAGCCAAGCAUCUUGUUGUUAAUCGAUCCAGUAUUUCUUGGAAGGCAGAGUUUGCUACUUUUUGGAAGCAACGCCAAAAAGCUAGAAGAGCGUUAAGAAGUGAUAUGGAGAUAGAUCGCAGCAUGACUAGUCCUGGGAUCAGUGCACACCUUCGCAAGGCUUACCGAAUGAGUCGUCUUCGUGAAGUCCUUAGAAAACGACAACGCUGA